CUAAGCGUCCGCGUCGCGGAGUUCACCCUUGACCCGAGGCGCCGGCGGAGGCGAUGCUGCUGUUGCUGGGGCUGCGGAGACUGAGCGGCGGCGGUAGCGGUAGCGCGGUGAGUGGUGGUAGCGGUAGCGCGCUCCGCCCGCUGUGGAAGCGUUGUGUGGUGCGAAGGGGGAAGAGCUCUGUUGUCGCCGAUGCCACCGCGGGGUCUGCAGCUGCCUUGGUGCCCAACGCUGCCACCAACCGCGUGCUGGGGAAAUGGAUGAUUGCCUGCAGCGGGAUGGUCGUUGGGGCCGUGGUCCUUGGCGGAGUGACCAGGCUGACCGAAUCUGGCUUGUCAAUGGUCGACUGGCACCUGAUCAAGGAAAUGAAGCCCCCCAGUACCCUGCCUGAGUGGGAGGCAGAGUUUCAGAAGUACCAGCAGUUCCCCGAGUUUAAGAUAUUAAACCAUGACAUGACUCUGAAUGAGUUCAAGUUCAUCUGGUACAUGGAGUAUUCCCACCGGAUGUGGGGCCGGGCGGUGGGACUGGCCUACAUCCUCCCCGCCGUCUACUUCUGGAAGAAGGGCUGGAUGUCGAGGAGCUUGAAGCUGAGGGUGGUGGGCCUGUGUGGCUUUGUGUGCUUCCAGGGUUUGCUCGGCUGGUUCAUGGUGAAGAGUGGUUUGGAGGAGAAGCAAGACUCCCACGAUAUCCCCCGCGUCAGUCAGUACCGCCUGGCUGCACAUCUGGGCUCCGCGUUGCUGCUGUACUGCGCUAGUCUGUGGACGGGCCUGUCCCUCCUCCUGCCCCCCAACAAGAUGCCGAAUACUCGCCAGAUGAUGCUGUUUCGGCAAUUUGCUCGAGGGACCGGUGGCCUGGUUUUUAUAACCGCACUUUCAGGAGCUUUCGUUGCUGGCUUGGAUGCUGGUCUCGUUUACAACUCUUUCCCCAAAAUGGGUGCCCGCUGGGUACCUGAUGACCUUUUGGCCUUCUCCCCGGCUCUCCGAAACUUCUUUGAGAACCCAACCACCGUGCAGUUCGAUCACCGGAUCCUGGGCAUUGCCUCAGUGACAGCAGUGACCGUCCUCUACGCAUUAUCCCGCAGGAUGGCCUUAACCAGAAGAACACGGGUGGCUGUUUCCUCGCUUCUGGCCAUGGUUUACAUGCAGGCGGCGCUGGGAAUCGGCACGCUGCUGCUCUACGUCCCCACUCCCGUGGCGGCCACGCACCAGUCGGGGUCCCUGGUUCUCCUCAGCAUGUCCGUCUGGUUGAUUCACGAGCUCCGCAGACUCCCCAAGUAAAGCAUUACGCACCAGCGGCCGCACGGAGCGAGCUCUCGAUGCAGGCCGCGAUCGCUGAUCAACGUCCUCGCCUUGAACAGCGGGGAGAGGAGUCGCAAAUUCAUGUGCACAUCUCAGGUCGUGAGUGUCCAGUGCUGUGGUUUCUCUUGGAUGUUACGGCCUUCUUUUUCCAGUUUUCCUACUAAUCAAUGGUUCAAUAGUGCUUUAUUUGUCACGUAUGCAGCUGCACAGUGAAAUUCAUUUUGCGCGCAUAAAACACACACACAGGUGAUGCCAAAACUGCGCCCUUUCCAAAGUCCGGUCGGCCCGAGUGCUCGAUGUACUGGAGCAGUUCCCUCUCCUCGCCCGGUCACGCCUGUGUCCCAGGGGCGCCUCUUGCAGCCGAUCUUGAAGGCACUGAAGUCAAUACCCCAGUUCACCCUCCUGCCAACCCCAGCUCCUCACGUCUCCAGCUCCCUUCAGUACAUGAUGUGACUGAAGGGGAGAGAGGAGAGAGUGAGAGAUAAGCACACAAAAUCUUUAAGUGUAAUCUAUAUUCUUUGCAGUUUUGACUACAUAUAUAAACGGAUCUACCCUGCUAUACCAAGUUCUAUUGAAUUGCCUUAUUAUCACGUGCAAAACUCAGUGAAAUCCUUUUGCGAGUCACCACACUUGGUGCCAUUUCCAAAGUUCGGUUUGCGGGCUAUGCCUGACGGAGCGGCGCCCGAUCUAGGCGAGCUCCAGGCCUCCAGCCAUUGCCUUUGUCAGGAUCGUUCAGCAAGCCCAAGUCCCUCUCCUCACCCAGCCGACCUCGAGGGUACGGAAGGCACGACCCUGAUUCACACUCCUAGUGGCCUUGCUCCUCGCGUCUGUCGACGGCUCCCUCCUCUCUGGUCCGUGGUAAUGUUACAAUGAUGUUGAUCUGUCGCUGGGCUAGCUUCACUACAUCGUUCUGCACUCAGAAUCUAUGUUAAAGAAGUGCUUUAACUUCUAUGCUCCUGUCCACCUCUCAAAGUUGUUCCCACUGCCCUCUGCUGGUGAAGGUCUUCCUCUGCAACCACAAACCAUUCCCUCAAUGCCCGCGUCUCGCAUUUCAAGGGAAGGUUAUGCAAUCAGUGUUGUUCCAAAAAUGUAAUAAUUUAAUCGAGAUGUCAAUCAGAAAUCAAUAAUACUAAUUCUACAUUUAAAUAUUUUGCAAAUUAUGAUGAAUUAAAAAAGCAAUAUUUUACAAUAUCUU